UGGCGCCUCUUGAGAUAUCUGGCAGCAAUGCUGACUGCGCCGUUUCUACUAAAAUGCCACCUCCGGCGCCUGUGAAAGAGCCGGAGGAUAUGGACGUUGAAGAGCGCCAGGCCGCCAAGUCGGCUUUUCUGUCCGAAGCUGGUCCGCGUCCAAUCGAUAAGUACAUGUACCUUCGAGAUCUCCGGGAGCAUGACACAACCAAGUACUACCAGCUCAUGCUGAACAACGCGCAGCAAGUUCUGCCGUUUAUCUACACCCCUACUGUGGGGCAGGCUUGCCAGGAAUACCACUCCCUUGGAAUUAAGACUCGUGGUCUGUACCUCUCACUCACCGACAGGGGUUCGAUUCUGUCCAAGCUGCGCGCGUGGCCCCAGCAGGACAUUCAAGUCAUUGUGGUUACUGAUGGCGAGCGUAUUCUCGGCCUCGGCGACUUGGGAGCUAACGGCAUGGGCAUUUCGGAGGGCAAGAUCGAGCUCUACACCGCAGCUGCGGGUGUGGAUCCAUCUAAAUGUCUGCCAAUUGCUCUGGACGUGGGCACCAACAACGUCAAGCUCCGCGAGUCUCCCGAGUAUCGUGGGCUCCGUUGUCCCCGGCCGAGCGAUGAGGAGUACGACGCCUUCGUCGACGAGUUCAUGCAGGCGCUUAAGGAGUGGCGUCCGCACGUCUUGCUGCAGUACGAGGACUUCGGUAACCAUAACGCUUUCAGGGUUCUCGAGAAAUACCAGAAGGGCUUUUGUUGCUUUAAUGAUGACAUUCAGGGUACCGCCGGCAUUACGCUUGCGGCGCUGCUGGGGGCGCUGCGCAUCCGCGGCGGUCGCCUGUCGGAGCAGCGCAUUCUGUUCCUUGGCGCCGGUGAGGCGGCUUGCGGCAUUGCCACGCUGAUUUCUUACUGCAUGCACCGGCGCGAAGGUCUGUCGGAGGAGGCCUCCCGGCAGCGGUGCUACCUGAUUGACAGCAAGGGCCUUGUUGUGGCUAGCCGCACUGAUCUGCAGCACCACAAGGAGCCGUUUGCGCACGACGCGCCUUUCGUGUCCACCCUCAUUGAGGCGGUUCGCAUGCUCAAGCCAACCGCCAUCAUCGGUGUCAGCGCCGUGCCCAACACCUUCAACGAGGAGGUCAUCCGAACUAUGGCAGAGAUGAAUGAGCGGCCCAUCAUCUUCCCGCUGUCCAACCCCACCAGCCUGUCCGAGUGCACCUUUGAGCAGGCCAUCAAGUGGACCGACGGCCGCGUGAUCUUUGCCAGCGGCUCUCCCUUCGACCCCAUCGAGUACAAGGGCGAGCUUCACAACGCCCCCCAGGCCAACAACGCCUACAUCUUCCCGGCUGUGGGGCACGCUGCGGUUCUCACCAGGGCCAAAACCAUUCCCCAGGCGGUGUUUCUAGUGGCCGCAGAGCAGCUCGCCGCCAUGGCCACUCUCAAGGAGCUACAGACGGGCAGUGUCUUCCCCCAGUUCUCCAACAUUCGCAACAUUUCGGCCGCCAUUAUGGCCGCUGUGGUGCGCUACCUGGUGAACACGGGGCUUGGCUCCGUGCCUGCCGGUUGGGAGGGUCAUGACUCUGGCGAGGGGCUGGACUGGCGCCACAUGGCGGCCUCGGCUAUGUGGAGCCCGGCCUCGUCUAGCCGCCUGUGA